AGAUGUCGUUCCUAGUUUUGGAAAUUUAUUUCGACAUCUAUGAAGCAUUCAUAUGUUUAUUCCAGGCAAAUUCACAGGUAUAAAAUCCUGAUAUUCCAUGGGUCUGUUUGUCCUUCAGUAGCAGAGGAAAUUAAGCUUCUCGUUGCGGUCUCUGUUCUCCCAGACAUGUGUGCUGAAGUUGUGAGCUCCAUAGCCGUAACGUGGUGCUGGGCAGGAGCUUCACGAGAACAUGCUCGACACCUUCUCCCCGGUCACCUACAUCCAUUUUCAACUGGACUGGCCUCUAUUUCGUCCAGGGGAAUCUGCCAAUUAACGGUCAGGGAAGCCAAAGUAGUGAGGUAGGUCCUGCAGUAAUCAAGAGUCUCCUCCCAUGUUUUGUUCUCCUUCACAAACGUCAAGCUUCUGUAACAAAAAUAACAUCUGCUGGAACAGUUGGUGGUGAUCCUUCCCAUUGGACCUAAAACAACACAAUCAUCAAUGUUGCUGAAGCCCCACGUAAAGAAAGUAAGAUUUUGUCCAUCAGACCAUUGCCAGGUGUUUGAGAGUGGCUGGGUUCUCCCCAGCUCAAUCCAAGUGAACAUGCUGGAGCUGAGACUGCACAAGUCUGUUUUGCUCCUCGGCAGUCGUGAUGGUUGCGAGGUCUGUGUAGUUCUGUCUACAGUAGCGCUGCGCUUCAGACCACUUUAUUGACUUGUAAAUUAACGUAUAGUUUCUGAACAGACCCACAGACGUGCCACAGAGUAGCAGCGGGACCAAAAUAAUGAAGAACGAUUUCAUCUUUCGUCGACGAUGUGUCUGAACUCUGUCUUUCCUGUGCAGUGGCUCACCUCACACCUUUUAUAUGGAGUUAAAUUGGAGGUGGGAUCAAGGACGUGAAGGAUCUCCUGAUUCUAAUUGGUAACCUGCAAACAGAUCUGAUCUCUGGUACACCAGGUAGUCCGAUGGAAAUUUAACCAAAUCCUGGUCAAAUGUAAAAAGGAACGCAUCACAUUUUGAAAAUAACUUUCCAUACCUGAUGUAAUCUACAUAUUAGUUUCAUUUACAUGACCUUCUUGUUCACCUUUCAGCCUUAUCCAUAUUUGGAAUGGGAAUCGAUGAACUCACUGAGUCAACUCGGUCAUGACCGAAAUGAUUCAUUGAAUCAGGGGACCAGUUCAGCAAACAUGCAAACCAACACAAUUUCUGAAUGGGUCAAUUUAUGGGUAUACCUUAAUGUAGUUAGCAAGUAAGCACAUUUUCAUGAUACCAACAAACCAAGGGUAACUUGUAAAAUGUCAUAUAUAGGCAUUCUGUCCUGAUCCAUAAUAGGGCUUAAAAAUUUAAGGUGUCUAAAUAUUACACAUACUCUCUCUCUCUUUCUCUCUCACUCUCACAAUUUCUCACAAUAACCUAAUGUUAUUCCCCCCAAACACAUUUUUAUAACAGCAAAAAGUUAAGGGUCUUUAAUGCUAACUAAGUGGAUUUGUUUUGUUGUUGUUGUGUUUGUUUUUGUAAUUAUCAGAAGAUGUGGAUCAAACAUGGAUGCAGCUUAAAUGUAGUUAAAUUACUUUUCACCAUUUAGCUAGCUAGUUUAAGUUACAUGCAUUUUCCAUAAUCAAUCAAAUUAAAUAUUCUCACUGGCUGACAGAGUGAAUGUUAUAGACGGUAUGAAAUGUGCGUUGUCUUAUUUUCAACUAGCAUUAGCUAAUGAUUUCCAUUUGGUUGCUGAGAUAUCCAGGACAUUUUGGGCGUAGUAGAGAACAGUCUAAAUCGCUAUUGUGACAUUUCAUUGUUUGGGGUUUUUUGUUUUUGUUUGUUAUAUUUUGUGUUGCACAUCUAGACUACAGAUGAUGUGCAUCGUUAAUUUGGCAUAGUUAAGUUCAUCUAAUACAUUUCAUUUUUUAAUCAGAAAAGAUUGGUUAUUAGCAGCAUUCAUACAAUUUGACGCGUACAGUAUGAACUGCCUUGUGAGCUAUCCAAUCGUAGUGCAGGACGGACUGGGAUACAGUUAGCCAAUCUGGAUUCAGGAUAGAGCUAUAACUAGCCAAUCGUAACGCAGGAGGCGGGACUUGUCAGAAAAAUGCGGAUGUGACGAGAAAAAAAGAACGCGUCUAGAACUUGCGGGAGUUCCAACAUGGCGUCGAUGCAGAGAAGGUUACAGAAGGAACUCUUGGCUUUGCAGAGUGAUCCUCCACCCGGAAUGACGCUGAACGAAAGAAGCGUUCAGAAUACGAUCACGGAGUGGUUUAUAGAUAUGGAGGGCGCUCCCGGAACCCUGUACGAAGGCGAGAAGUUCCAGCUUCUCUUCAAGUUCAGCAGCAGAUACCCGUUCGACUCUCCUCAGGUCAUGUUUACCGGCGAGAACAUUCCGGUCCAUCCGCACGUCUACAGCAACGGACACAUCUGUCUGUCCAUUUUAACGGAGGACUGGAGUCCGGCUCUGUCCGUCCAGUCCGUGUGUCUUAGUAUUAUCAGCAUGCUGUCCAGCUGCAAAGAGAAGCGACGUCCACCUGAUAACUCCUUCUACGUACGAACGUGUAACAAAAACCCAAAGAAGACAAAGUGGUGGUAUCACGAUGAUACGUGUUAGUAGUUCUGGGACUUUUAGCGUACUCCAGUUGAAAACAGACUCAUGGACGGUACACUUGCACUUUUUCGGAUCUUCGGUCCCGGGACUGAGCGGGCCUCUCGGGAGAAACGGCGUAUUUGGAGCGUUACACUUCAGCAGGCUGAAAAAAACCUGAAGAAACUCCAGGAAUGUAAAACUCCACGUGUACAGAGUGAGAAGCGAGAACGAUGCGUAUAAGGAGAGGGUUUAUAAACGGCGGGAUUGGUGCUGGAUCACUGUUUACCUCUUUUCCACUGACUCGGUGGAGCCGGAGCUGGUUCUGGGAACCGUUAAACCUUUUAAAGACGUGUUCUGCGAUUCUGCUGGUUUCGUGUUCGGUGACCGUGUGAGUUUAUUAACGAACAGCCUGUAGGGGAGAAAGUUCGGCUGUGGGAACGCGUUUUAACACCCAGUUGUCCAUCCGCAGUACAAAAGCAUCAUGUUAGCUCUUUACACUGGACCUGUAACUGCACGUUAGCGUUAGCGUUAGCAAUAUGGCUUCCAUACAGUUCAUUCCUUGGACCGGUAAUUCACGGUUAUAUUUAUCAUUUCAUAAUAAUCUUCCAAACUAGAUGCGAUGCGUGUGAAAUACAGCUAUUUAGAUAAAAUCGAUAUAAAUAUAGCUAUUUAAAUUUAGCUACUUGUUACAGUAACAAAAUAACAAACAGUUUGAGUUCAUGUCGUUGUCAUGGCAGCGAAUGGACCACGCCCACAAGCUCUCACUUUGUUGUCUCCUCGGUUUCAGUUGAGCGUCUCAUUGGUGAAUAAAAUCGCGUUUGGAUUUGGCGGUGAAGACGGUUGAGAAACGGUUUGGGGAAUAAGCCCCGCCCCCAGGACCGGCCCCAUCACAUGUAUCAGUGGACAAGCGAAAGUUCUUUUUCUUUUUUCUUUCUUUAACGUCUUUUCAGGUUGACGUUUCGUGCAAUAAUUAUUUUAGAAUGUUAAAGGUGUGUAAAGGCAGUCAGUCCCGGAGCAUAAAUAUAAAACGGAAUGAGAAGUUUGUUUUAGAUCGCGCGAUUUAAAAAUACGACUCGCUUCAGAUAAUAAUAAUAAUAAUAAUAAUAAUAAUAAUAAUAAUAAUAACCUUUUUGUUUUGAAUGCAGUCCGAGAGGUUUGGUGUCUUGAUUUCUGGCAUUAGUAAUUUUGUUUUAGUUGUGACUCCGCCCCUCUUAGGCCCCACCUCCCGCGGUUUAAAGCUUUAUAUGUCAAUAUACAGUACUUGAGAAAUCCAGUAGUAGUGGAGCAAGUGCUGUGUCCCAGAAUGCAGUGCGGCUGCGUGAGUCGGCUCGGCUAGAUGGCGAUCUGCGUGAUGACGAGGGCGGUGGUAUUAGCAUGCUUGAGUGUACAGAUGAGGAGGAGAGACAGCUGGGCAGAUUUAAGGAUCUAAAGCGCCGCUGCAUCGCAUCGCCCUUUUUAGGUAGAGAUGAUGUGAGGAUAAACCUCACUGCACCGUUAUCAACAAGGCAUUGUGGGAAAUGUAGGGAAACAUUAAUCAAAGUGAAAAUAGAGCAGCCACGAUGUCAACGAAAGACGCUUAACCAAAAAGCUACACCUAUAAUAACUUAAAUGUUAAUUAGAAAUACUGCCUUUACGUUGUUAAGGGUGGAUUUUUCCUUUAAGAAGCAAAACAUGAGGCAGCGAACAUGUCUCUGCCGAUUGGGUAAAUUUAUUACAACGUGAACGCACUGGAGAUUUCAUCAGGCUUGGUCUUUAGCGUGUCCUGCGCGUCGACUGUAGAGAGGAGGCUCUGUCCGGUUUAAUGUGUUACUGUACAAAUCUUUAUUCACUGGAACUGGACAUAUUCCCCUCAUCAUUUAUACAAUUUUUGCAAUAUAUUAUUGCAGUAACAGGCACAAUGUUGUCCUCAUGGACACUUCACAUUCCCAUCGUUACCCCAUAUAAUAUAUUCAGGAGGAGGCGGACGUAGUCAGUCAAUUUCUUGUUUUUAAAUGUAAGGAGUCGGCACAGAAGAUAAUUCUUCUGUGAGUGAUUUUUAAAAGGGAAAAUGACGAUAAGGACUGCAGGACUCGUAGGUAAGCUCAGUACCACUUACAGACGCUCUUCUUCUUCAGUGUUUUGAGGAAGAGCUGACUUUUGGUGGGGGGGGGGGGUUAAAAUGAAUAUCACCACUCGAGCCGUCUGUUCUGCUGUUACGUCAGGUUGCAUACACACGCGAGGUUUUUCACAUGUUCCAGGUGAACUCUGAAAUGUUGCAGCGCUGCGUUAUGAAGGAUGGUUUUAUUCUUUUUCUCCCGGUAGUUAAUUUCUGGUGUUUAAAGCCCCAGCUGGAGUCUGAGGACUGGAUUGGGUCAGAUCUCUCUCUCUCUCUCUCUCUCUCUCUCUCUCUCUCUCUCUCUCUCUCUCUCUCACUCACUCACUCACUCACUCACUCACUCACUCACUCACUCACUCACUCACUCACUCACUCACUCACUCUCUCUCUCUCUCUCUCUCUCUCUCUCUCUCUCUCUCUCUCUCUCUCUCUCUCUCUCUCUCUCUCUCUCUCUCUCUCUCUCUCUCUCUCUCUCUCUCUCUCUCUCUCUCUCUCUCUCUCUCUCUCUCUCUCUCUCUCUCUCUCUCUCUCUCUCUCUGAUUUCAGGAAGAUUUUUGGGCUCGGGCUUUAAGGUUUAGUAAUUUUUAAUCUAAUAAUGUGUGAUGGUUUGUGGGAUUUUUUUGUUGUUAUUUAACAUUAUUUAAACAAAAUGUUUGAAUUUAAAAAUAUAUAAUAUAUUUUGAAU